CAAGUGGUUAAGAAGCACAACCACAGACUCUCAGAUUUUUAUUAUCUACAGUCUCAUCAUCUUCUCCUUCUUCUCCUUCCUCUUAAAUCCCCUUUCUCUCUCUCUCUCUCUACAUGUCUCCCCAAACCCUAAUUACGCCUCUACUAAUCAAUUACUGUUGAUUGAUCACCAAUUGCGCAUGUGUUUUUACAUGUUUUUUCAGCUGACAUGGACUUAGCCAAUUCCACCGUCAAAACUCCGGAGGCCGACUCCGAGACUCCCACCCGGAUCCAGCCCGCCCCGAAAUCGGUUCCGGCCUUCACCAACGGCGUCCUCAAGCGCCACGCGCCGCUCCUCCACCACCACCACCCGGUCGUCGUCACCUACAAGGAAUGCCUGAAGAACCACGCCGCCGCGCUGGGGGGCCACGCCGUCGACGGAUGCGGCGAGUUCAUGCCCGCCCCGGCCUCCGACCCGGCUCUCCCCACCUCGCUAAAAUGCGCCGCCUGCAACUGCCACCGCAAUUUCCACCGCCGCGACCCGGAGGAUCCGCCCUCGCACGCGCCGCCCCCCGCCGCGGUCCCGGCGAUUGAGUUCCAGCCGCACCACCGCCACCACCCGCCGCCUCCCCGGAGCGGCUCCAGCCCGAACAAUUCGCCGUCCCCGCCGCCGAUCUCGUCCUCCUACUACCCCUCCGCGCCGCACAUGCUCCUCGCCCUCAGCCACGGCCUCGCCGCGCCGCCCUCCGACGUCAGCCACGGCCUCACCUCCCCGAUCUCCGCCGGCGCCGGGCACCUGAGCUCCGGCAGCCGCAAGCGCUACCGCACCAAAUUCACCCAAUUCCAAAAGGAGAAAAUGCUGGAAUUCGCGGAGAAAGUCGACUGGAAAAUGCAGAAGCGCGACGAAGACGCGACCAACACUUUCUGCGGCGAAAUCGGAGUCGACAAGGGCGUCUUCAAAGUCUGGAUGCACAACAACAAAAACACAUUCGGGAAAAAGGAAAACAACAAUCCCCCUCCCCCGCUGAUGCCGCAUUUAUCCAACCCCGAAAUCUCCACAUCUCCCUCCCCCGCCGCCGCCGCCACCACCGCCAACGGAAACGGCAUGAGCUACAGCGACAUGAACGAGGAGCAGCUCCAUCUCCACGCUCACGGCCUUGGCACUAAUGGAUCUUCUUCUUCUUGAUCGAAUCUCAAUCGCGAUGGAUGGAUGAUGAUUCAAUAAAAUAAUCUUAGAUAGCGAGGAAAAAAGGAAAAAAGGAAACCGAAAUUCGGGGAUCAGGAUCAGGAUCAGGCUCAGCUGCAAGCAAUCGUCGAUUAGUUUUCUUAAUCUCUGCUUUCAUUUUAGAUUUUCUACAUCUUUUAGCUAUUAAUAUGACUAGCCAUGAUCAAAUUUCUGAGGAUCAUAUUGAAAUGGAGGAUUAUUAGCUAUAUUACCAUAUUUGGAAUUUUUGCUCAA